AUGGCUAAUGAAUACUUCGCUUUUAAGGCUGCCUACUGUGGCUUUAUCAGUGCCCUGCAUGAGCCCCCGAAUUCGGAUGAGGUACACGACUACCUGGUCAAUCGCGUGCGGUCAAAACCGAUGGCUCCAGCCCUGGUUGAAGGUGAUCUUACCCACUUUACGAUCACAACCAAGAGAACGCGCACCAUCCCAGGCAAUUUAAUACUCGGCUACAUCGCACUGGACAAUGCCGAGAAUUCGGUGGCAGUUCUUAUGGCGGACUAUAACAGACACCCUCCGGGCUACCGCAUGUUUGCAUUCGAAUCAAUUGCUCAGCAGGACGCCUUUGUUGCCUAUCUGGACAAAAUUUUGGACAUAACUGUCGCCUUCUUGCGAAGUCAACCGGACGUGUCGCUUGAGACGGUCACUAUGGAGAGAUUGCGUAUCGAGGAUAAACAUCGCCAGCACAGCAAAAUGCGAGAACAGGAAGCAUCACACGGAGUACUUGGUGAGAUGCCGAGGGUUCGUCCCAGAUUAGCCGUCUGUAAGCCAAAACACAGACGAACCUCGCGACGCAGCAUAGCCUCCAGUGUAUCGCAAUUGGAACUCCGCCACUCACGAACUCCAGGACCGGACAUCUAUUAUUAUGUGCAUUACUGA